AUGUCCGAUAGACCCUCACACCGAGGUGGCCGCGGCCAAGGAUCGCAUCCUCGAGGUGGACGCGGAGGCGGUCGCGGAGGCGGCGGCGCGGGAGGCGCUCAGCAGGAGCGCGAGAGGCCCAAGAAGGAGAACAUCCUUGACCUGGCCAAGUACAUGGAUAAGCAGAUCACCGUCAAGUUCAACGGUGGCCGUGAGGGUACAUCCGCUCGAUUUAUGCGCCAUCAAGGCAAUGUGCUAACUCUGUGUGCAGCCAAGGGCACGCUGAAGGGCUAUGACGCUCUCAUGAACCUGGUCCUCGAUGAUGUACAUGAGGUUGUUCGAGAUGACGAAGGCAACGAGUCUACUCGAUCCCUCGGUCUUGUGGUUGUACGAGGCACCCUCCUUGUCCUUGUCAGCCCCGUCGACGGCAGUGAAGAAAUUGCCAACCCUUUUAUUCAAACGGAGGAUGAUUGA